AUGGCACCACCUACUGCUACUGUUACGGAGACGGCGGCUCACACUGGCGUCAUCAAGAUGAACACGGAUGUGGAAGAUGAGGAGUUGAAGUUUGAGGUCGAUAGUCUUAGUCGUGGACCGAACCAACUGCAGGGUAUUCCCAAGUUUCCGUCGUUUCACGAACACCGCAAACACAUCGUCAUCCACAUGGCGGCCGUGUUCCGGAACUGGGCGCGCGUAGGCUUCACAGAAGGCAUAUCAGGACACAUUAGCGUCAGGGACCCCGAGUACGACGGUUUAAUCUGGAUGAACCCCAUCGGCCGGCACUUUGCCCUCCUCAACGGCAGCGACAUGAUGUGUCUGCGGAUCAGUGACGGAGCCGUCGUCGGCGGCAACAGAACUCGUCCGUACAACGCACCAGGGUACUACAUCCACUCCGAAAUCCACAAAGCCCGCUCCAACAUCCACGCCAUCUGCCACGCGCACACCAUCGCCGGCCGCGCCUGGGCGGCGUUUGGCAAGCCCCUCGACAUGAUCCAGCAGGAUAUCUGCGACUUGUACGGCGUGUUGGCGGUGGACGACGAGUACGCGGGGAUAGUGACGGCCGAGCAGGAGGGGCAGAAUAUUGCCAGGGCGCUGGGACAGAAGGGCAAGGCGGCGAUUUUGCUGAACCACGGGCUUAUCAGUGUUGGGGAGACGGUGGACGAGGCGUCGUUUCUACUGGGGCUGCUGGAUCGGAGUUGUGAUAUCCAGCUGCGUGUGGAGGCGGCUUGUGGUGGGAACGAGGAGCUGAGGAAGAGUGUCAUUCCGAGGGAGUUGGCGGUGAAUAAUUUUAGGAUGGCGGGGGAGAAGAAUUGGUUGUAUGAGGAGGCGCAGCCGGAUAUUGAGUAUGAGAUUGAGAUGGCGGGUGGUGUUGGUGGUGUUAUUGGGUCUGGGUUGGAGGAGAUGAGGGUUGAUGUUGAUGGGUAG